UUGGCUGAAUCAUUUCAUCCAUCAUACCCAGAAUGCAAAGUGAGACACCGAAACCUCAGCAGCAGCCUCGAGCCGUUCAGGUUAUCAUGGCGAUAAGAGACACAUCUUCCCCCUGAGCCCCCCGCAGCAACAAAGGACUUCUCCCCCGCUUCAUGAGCACACACGCCGGCUCCCAUGCAGAGCGGAGACCGGCCCAACUUCUAGCCCAGAUUGGAGGAAGGACAUAGCGAGUGACCGUCAUGGCAGCGUCGGAGCUGUACACAAAGUGUGCUCGGGUGUGGAUCCCCGAUGCAGAGGAGGUGUGGAAGUCGGCUGAGCUGACCAAGGACUACAAAAAUGGGGAUGCCUCCCUUCAUCUCACGCUGGAGGAUGGAACGAGCAUUGAUCACAAACUUGACCCCAAAACAAAGAAUCUGCCUUACCUGCGAAACCCCGACAUCCUGGUGGGCGAGAAUGACCUCACAGCGCUCAGCUACCUCCACGAGCCAGCCGUGCUGCACAACCUCAAAGUCCGCUUCAUCGAUUCAAAACUUAUCUACACUUACUGUGGAAUCGUUCUUGUGGCCAUCAACCCGUAUGAGACAUUGCCCAUCUAUGGAACGGACAUUAUCAACGCCUACAGUGGUCAAAACAUGGGAGACAUGGACCCACAUAUCUUCGCUGUGGCAGAGGAAGCUUACAAACAGAUGGCCAGGGAUGAGAGGAACCAGUCAAUUAUUGUGAGUGGGGAGUCUGGAGCAGGAAAGACGGUAUCAGCCAAAUACGCCAUGAGAUACUUUGCUACGGUCAGUGGCUCAGCCAGCGAGGCCAACGUAGAGGACAAAGUGUUGGCUUCCAACCCCAUAAUGGAGGCCAUUGGAAAUGCAAAGACCACCAGAAAUGACAACAGCAGUCGUUUUGGUAAAUAUAUUGAGAUCGGCUUCGACACCCGCUACCGCAUCAUUGGUGCCAACAUGAGAACAUAUCUGCUGGAAAAAUCACGAGUCGUAUUUCAGGCGGACGAGGAGAGGAAUUAUCAUAUCUUCUAUCAGCUCUGUGCAUCAGCCCAUCUGCCCGAGUUCAAGAAUCUGAGGCUGAGCAGUGCAAAUGACUUCCUGUACACCAGGCAGGGCCGCAGCCCCGUCAUUGACGGUGUGGACGACACCAAAGAGCUUUGCACCACUCGCAAUGCCUUCACAUUGCUGGGUAUUAAUGAGUCCUAUCAGAUGGGGUUGUUCCAGGUUUUGGCUGCUAUUCUUCAUCUGGGAAAUGUGGAGAUAAAGGACAGAGAUUCAGACAGCAGCCUUAUUCCUCCUAACAACCGUCACCUGACGGCGUUCUGUGAGCUGGUGGGUGUGACCUACCAGGACAUGGCUCAGUGGCUGUGCCACAGAAAGCUGAAGACGACCACAGAGACGUAUGUCAAGCCCCUCCCUCGUCUGCAGGCCACUAAUGCCCGUGAUGCCCUGUCCAAACAUAUCUACGCCAAGCUCUUCAACUGGAUUGUGGAGCACGUCAACAAGGCACUGAUCACCAAUGUUAAACAGCACUCCUUCAUCGGCGUCCUCGACAUCUACGGGUUUGAGACGUUUGAAAUCAACAGCUUUGAGCAGUUCUGUAUCAACUACGCUAAUGAGAAACUCCAGCAGCAGUUCAACAUGCAUGUGUUCAAGCUGGAGCAGGAGGAGUACAUGAAGGAGCAGAUCCCCUGGACUUUAAUUGACUUCUAUGAUAAUCAGCCCUGCAUCAACCUCAUAGAGGCCAAGAUGGGCAUCCUGGACCUGCUGGACGAGGAGUGCAAGAUGCCGAAAGGUUCCGAUAAUUCAUGGGCUCAGAAACUGUACAACACCCACCUAAAGACCUGCUCCCUCUUCGAGAAGCCACGCAUGUCCAACCGCGCCUUCAUCAUCCAGCAUUUUGCUGACAAGGUAGAAUACCAGUGUGAUGGUUUCCUGGAGAAGAACAAGGACACAGUAAAUGAAGAACAGAUCAAUGUGAUGAAGGCCAGCAAGUUUGACCUGCUGGUGGAGCUGUUCCAGGAUGAGGAGAAAGCAACCAGCCCCACCGGUCAGGUUCCUGGCACCGGAGGCCGAACCCGCCUCAGCAUCAAACCUGACAAAGGCCGGGACACGAAAAGCAAGGAGCACAAGAAGACAGUCGGCUGCCAGUUUCGGAACUCUUUACAAAUGCUGAUGGAGACUUUGAACGCAACCACCCCACACUACGUCCGCUGCAUCAAACCCAAUGACUUCAAGUUGGCCUUCUCGUUUGAUCCCAAACGUGCAGUGCAGCAGCUCAGAGCCUGUGGUGUCCUGGAAACAAUCCGUAUCUCCGCUGCAGGCUUCCCAUCCAGAUGGACGUACCAGGAGUUCUUCAGCCGUUACAGAGUACUAAUGAAACAGAAGGAUGUGCUUCCAGACAAGAAGAUGACCUGCAGGAAUGUUCUGGAGAAAUUAGUACAGGACCAGGAUAAAUAUCAGUUUGGUAAGACUAAGAUCUUCUUCAGGGCUGGCCAGGUGGCUUACUUGGAGAAACUGAGGGCAGACAAGCUACGUGCUGCCUGCAUUCGCAUCCAGAAAACCAUCCGCUGCUGGUUGGCACGCAAGAAGUAUCUGCGCAAGCGUUGCGCUGCCAUCACCAUUCAAAGAUUCACCAGAGGAUACCAGGCCCGCUGCCUGGCGAAGUUCAUGCGUCGCACUCAAGCAGCCACCAUCAUCCAGAAGUACCAGAGGAUGUAUGUGGAGAAGAAACGCUACAGGCAGAAGCAGGCUGCUGCUCUGGCCAUGCAGACUAUCCUCAGAGCUUACAUGGCCCGGCAGAAAUAUCAGGCGCUACUGCGGGAGGCUAAGGCCGUCAUCAUUCAGAAGCGCAUUCGUGGCUGGUUGGCUCGGUGCUGGUACAAGCGCUGCCUUCUCUCCAUCGUCUACUUGCAGUGUUGCAUCCGCAGGAUGAGGGCCAGGCGUGAGUUGAAGAAGCUGAAGAUUGAGGCUCGGUCAGUGGAGCACUUCAAAAAGCUCAACAAAGGCAUGGAGAACAAAAUCAUGCAGUUGCAGAGGAAGAUCGACGAGCAGAGCAAGGAAAACCGCACGAUCAACGAAAAAUUAGUUGGCCUGGAGAGUUCGUACACAGCGGAGAGCGAGCGGAUGCGUGGCGAGCUAGGCCGGCUGCGCGGGGUGGAGGAGGAUGCCAAGAACAAAGCCAACCAGGUGUCAUCCCUGCUGGAGGAGCUGGAGAGGCUGAAGAAAGAGCUGAGUGCCACCCAGCAGGAGAAGAAGACUAUCGAGGACUGGGCGCAGAAAUACAGGGACGAAAUGGAGAAAAUGGUCUCAGAGCUGAAGGAUCAGAAUGGGUUGCUGAAGAAAGAGAAGGACGACUUGAACAGGUCGAUUCAGGAACAGAGUCAGCAGAUGACAGAGAAAAUGGCUCGUGCGAUAGUACAGGAGACUCAGCAGCUCGAGACGGAUCUGAACGAGGAACGCUCUCGCUACCAGAAUCUCUUGACAGAACACCUUCGCCUCGAGGAGAAAUACGACGACCUGAAAGAAGAAAUGGCUCUUUCUUCGAACGUGUCCAAGCCUGGCCACAGGAGAACAGAUUCCACACACAGCAGCAACGAAUCAGAGUACACCUACAACUCAGAGUACGCCGAAUUGGAAGACGGUUCCCGUGCCCGCGAAGAUGUAACACGAGGGAUAGACACUUCUCUGACUCUCAAGCUACAGAAACGUCUUACGGAACUAGAACAAGAAAAGCAGUCGCUUCGCAACGAACUAGAAAACAAAGAGGAGCAGUUCCAGCGGGCUAGAGCCAGGGAUGAUGAAGAGUUUAAAAAGGCUCGUGGAGCAGAGCUGGAGUAUGAAUCUCUGAAGCGUCAGGAGCUGGAGUCGGAGAACAAGAAGCUGAAACAUGAUCUGGCAGAAAUGAGGCAAAGUCUGCUGGGUAAUGCAGCUACAGGUGCCGGGGCCCCAGGCUCGCCAGCCUACAAGGUCCUCCUAGACCAGCUUAAUGCCUCCUGUGAGGAGCUGGAGGUCCGCAAGGAGGAGGUGCUGAUCCUGCGUUCCCAGCUGGUCAGCCAGAAGGAGGCCAUGCACCACAAGGAGACCAUGACAGAGCCCUCGGUGUAUGCUGCUGAUGUCUCAAAACUGAAGGAUGCUGAAGUCAAGCAAGCUUACGUAGGCCUCAAAGACACCAACAGGUUACUGGAGCAGCAGCUGCAAACUCAGCGGAGAACUUACGACAACGAGGUGGAGGCGUUGCGCGGCGAGCUGCAGAAUGUGAAGGAGGAGAACAACCGUCAGCAGCAGCUCCUGGCCCAAAACCUCCAGCUGCCUCCAGAGGCCCGAAUCGAAGCCAGUCUGCAACACGAGAUCACUCGACUCACCAACGAGAACCUGGAACUCAUGGCUGAAGACCCCACAGCAUCCCGAGAGGCUCGAGUCAUCAUUUUACGACGGAUGGUUGAUCUAAUGGAGCAGCUGGAGAAGCAGGACAGAACCAUCCGCAAGCUCAAGAAGCAGCUGAAGGUUUACUCCAAGAGGAUUGGAGAGAUGGGAGCCGGUCAAACCGAGGGCCAAACGUCUCCGGGACAGAUGGUAGACGAGCCCAUCCACCCCGUCAACAUUCCCCGCAGGGAGAAAGACUUCCAGGGAAUGCUGGAGUACAAGAAGGAGGAUGAGCUAAAGCUGGUUAAGAAUCUUAUCCUUGAGCUGAAGCCUCGUGGUGUAGCGGUAAAUCUGAUCCCAGGUCUGCCAGCCUACAUCCUGUUUAUGUGUCUGAGACAUGCCGACUAUGUCAACGACGACCAGAAGGUCCGCACUCUGCUAACAUCAACCAUCAACAGCAUUAAAAAGAUCCUGAAGAAACGAGGUGAUGACUUUGAGACGGUAUCCUUCUGGCUGGCCAACACCUGCCGCUUCCUGCACUGUCUGAAACAGUACAGUGGAGACGAGCAAUUCAUGAAGCACAACACGUCGAGGCAGAAUGAGCACUGUCUGUCUAACUUCGACCUUGCAGAAUACAGACAAGUGAUCAGUGACCUGGCCAUCCAGAUCUACCAGCAGCUGAUCAAAUGCAUGGAGAACAUCCUGCAGCCCAUGAUAGUAUCUGGCAUGUUGGAGCAUGAAACCAUCCAAGGUGUGUCGGGGGUGAAGCCCACAGGUCUGCGUAAGAGGACGUCCAGCAUCGCCGAUGAGGGCACCUACACCCUGGACUCCAUCCUGCGGCAGCUCAGCGCCUUCCACUCCACCAUGUGCCAACACGGCACCGACCCCGAGCUCAUCAAGCAGGUGGUGAAGCAGCAGUUCUACAUCAUCGGAGCCGUGACCCUCAACAACCUGCUGCUACGUAAAGACAUGUGCUCCUGGAGCAAAGGCAUGCAGAUCAGGUACAAUGUGAGCCAGCUGGAGGAGUGGCUCAGAGACAAAGGUCUGAUGACUUGUGGAGCCAAAGAGACACUGGAGCCUCUGAUUCAGGCCGCUCAGCUGCUGCAGGUGAAGAAGAAGACUGACGAGGAUGCAGAGGCCAUCUGCUCCAUGUGCCUGGCCCUCACCACUGCUCAGAUCGUAAAGGUCCUGAACCUUUACACUCCGGUCAACGAGUUUGAGGAACGAGUGUCGGUUGCAUUCAUUCGAACUAUACAGACUCGCCUACGAGACCGUUGUGAGAGUCCCCAGUUGUUGAUGGACACGAAGAUGAUAUAUCCGGUCACCUUUCCGUUUAACCCUUCCUCUCUCGCCCUGGAAACCAUCCAGAUUCCCGGCUCACUCAACCUGGCGUUCCUCACCCGCGUCUAACCCGAACCCACUGGACCGAUCUGAGCCCUGCAGGCAUUUUGUCUUGGUGGCCACAGUCGGAAAUGCAAAUCACAUGACCCCCACUGGCCCAAAUAAAAAAAAUAAAAAAUUCUGAGGGUCGCAUACACUCCAAAAGUAGAUGUUUGUAUUUGAACUAUUCGAACAAUCAUAUCCCAUAAAAAGAAGAAAGAAUUACAAAUGUUCUCCAGAGUCUCUGGUCUGAAUUUGGACACACAUGCCAAAACUACACACUCGUUGAACUUCACAUCUGUACAGUACUUUCAUCUUCCCAGCGUCCACAUGCACGACUACACUCGCGUGCACCUUCUCUCUUUCAAAAACGCACAGACACACACAGCGAGCCACAGUUAAAUCUGUCCUUCCAUCGCCAGCAUCCGUCCACUGCUUGUAUAAACGCCUGCUCUUAGAGAAGCCACAGGACCAGAUCAAUGCCUCCAGUACGUGCUCUUCAUCGACACCCCUCGCAUCCCUCCUCUGUGUUUAAUGGUUAAGGUAGUUGUUGUCGUUGUUAACGUCUCAUUCUCCGCUGAGAAUGUUUGCAUCGAUACGAGAGAGCAACAGGAGGCGCCGAGAGCCUCACAGCUAGGAGUAGUCUGCCUUGAUAUGUUGGGUGAGUACUGAGACAGUUGAGUGUUAAUGUGUAAAGGUUAGCUCUCUCUCCACCCUAUGUCAAGGUGACAGUUUCAUUUUAUCUCCGAAUACAGUCGAGCCAAGACGGAAAGUCAUCUGUACUAUAUUAUUUAUACAUAAAUAAAUAUAUAUAAAUACGAAUAGUAUAUAUCCUGUAUUUUAUUUAUUGCACUUACUUGCGCCCUCCCUUUUUAAGAUUAGAAGCUUUCUCAUUGCAGAAAAUGAGUGAAGGAUGGGGGGGCCUCCAUGUCCCAUCAUGAACAGCUCUGUAAAGUCAGUUUUAGUUGCAUUGUAGGCUGUUUGUCAGGUAAAUUAUGUAGUGUAGUUUAACGAGUGCCGGCACGGAUCAUUUGUUAGGUCUUAAACUUAGAGAUGUCGCUUUGUUGUCUUCAGCCUCCAUUUCUGGUAGAUGUGUAGAUCAGAUUUGAGGAGAGAAAGUAGGAGGUUUAAGCCCUGCCGAGGGUUGAACCUGCUCCGAUUUCUACCGUUUACAGCUGUGACCAGAGCCGAGCGUCGCAGCAAACACGACACAGAGAGGUUUACUCAUACAUGAACACUGCAGUGCUAACACUGACACACACAACGUUACACUUUGCUUACUGCUUCUUUUUUUUUUCCCUCAUUGUCUUCUUCGGGUCAUGGCUUUAGUCAGAGCCCCAAAAAAUGUUUUUACUAUUAUCAUUGUGUGAUUAUUUAUUUCAGUAUUGUCAUUAUCUUAUGUAUAUCAUAAAGCCAUGUAUUGUUGAGCAGAGUGAACAGGAGAUGCUUUUGUGAAGUUGGUUUAGCAGAGUCUGCCUCAAGUUUAUUCAGCUUUACUGCGUUUUUUUUCUCUGCUGUCGUCGCACAUCAACACUAACGCAGCUCCGUGGGUCGAUUCCUGUCACACCUCCACCUUAUGCCUUCCGGUUUAGUGGCCAUGAAAGCACAACAUGGGCUUUUAUUACCAAAAAAAUGAUGUUGCACUUUUUCCACCUCUCAAUUGCACUGUUGGGGUUAGGUUGAGGGUUAGAAGGUAGUUUUUGUCCUGGUUGUUUCGGUUUAGAUAUCCAGACAUAAUAUUUGGUCCUUCAUUUCAGAGACGGCGUUGUAUAAACCGCAGAGCAUGCCCUGCUGCUGUCUUCAUCUAACCUGCAUGGGCUUGGCUUUACCAGCAUUACCAGUUACAGAAAUUAACCUGCAUGUUUUCUUUUAUUUCAUGGAGAAGCCACAGUGCAGUUGAGAGCUGCUGGAUGAGCGUCAGGUAUUCUGCCCAUGUUGUGACAAAGAGCCCUUUGUCUGCAUUAACAUCCAUUGCUGCCUCCUGUUUAGCACUUACUUCCCUUUGUGCCAUUAGUAUUAACAGUCGACCACGUUUGCCUCUUGUCCUGAACCUUAUUUUGCCCACUGACCUUACCUUUUCCAAAAGAUAUUUCACUUUGAUGCAGUAUUUUCUCCUUUAAACAUGGAGAUCUGUGGACAGUGUCACAAAGCAGGGAGAUAUCAGGUCCACACUACAUGCACAGAAAGGAUAUUAAUUUAUCAAGGUGAAGUAUCCCAUUAAAUGCCAUUCUGACAUGUUUUAAGUGGAGUAAAGAGAAGUUGUGAAGCUGUUUUGUGUUGCUUGUCUUUAAAAGUAACCCACCUCCUCUGAUCGGGACCACAUUUUAUCAGCCGGCCUUUUGUUACGUUGUUUGGAUGUGUAGGUAGAGGAAUGUGUGUGAAGAAAACCGAUCUGCUAGUUGUACCAAGAAAGAUGGAAGGAAUUAAUCAAGCUUAUGAAUGUUUCCAAAUGUUAAUGAAGUGUAUCAUGAUUUUAGCUGCACAUUGUAGACGAAGCCUUAUCUGAAUUUCUUGCUAUCUGAAUGAUUUACACAUUAUCAGCGUUGUGGCAUUGUUCUGUUCUGUUCGUGCAGUAUUUUAUUUUUUUUGUUUCCACUGUAAGAUGAAUAUGAAUUGUUUAUAUGUGAUCGUUUUUAUUUUGACGAUGUGUCCUUUUGUCCAACAGUUGGUGUCUCUGGAUGGGUUGCGCUGUUUAUCUGUCAGCCAGAAUGCACUUUUUCAGCUCAGCAGUAGGAAGUCUGAUCAGUAAUAGAUGGUUAUGGACUGUAAAAGGAAAUAUUUCACACUUAGUUUUAUUUCUAACACUUUUUUUUUUUACACAAGCGUGGCCCCGUUAAUCUUCCUCUUGCACAUUCCCUGCCUGCUGUUUUCUUAAUGCUAUGAAUUAAUACAAGCCACAGGUACUUGUGAGUUUCACAGAUGCAGCUCAGACUCGGUGGACUGUAGUUUCAGAUGUGAAUAAUGCUCUAUUCAUUGGUUCAUUUGUUUUUUUUUGAGCAGAGCUGCUGCAGCGUCUUGUUCCCCUGGGCUUCUCUUUGGCUCUCAAACAGGAGAAAACGCCAUUCCUUCACUCCGCGUUUUUACAUUUAGGAGAGAGUUGGUUGUAUGAUACGACGUAGACAUUAUAAAUGACCAUUGUUCUUAUGAGCACUAGCAUUAAUUGUGCUGUUUUAAAGCUAGUUAUAAACAGAAGACGUAUCAUCGCCCCCGGCUGUUCUUGCUACUGGUGUGAACAUGCUGAAGCCGGUACCAAAUGUUUCCUCUCUGAACCCAUGUGUACAUUUGACAAACUGGACUGUUUGUAGUUUCUGGUAGCUGUGCUUAGUGAAUGUGUUCACCGUUAAGAAACUUGGAAUAAAAUUGUCAAAUCUGUAAAAGUAAAAUAAAAGAAUUCAACACUG